ACAGUUCCAAAAACCGCCGAAAACUUUCGGGCAUUGGCAACCGGGGAGAAAGGUUAUGGAUACAAAGGCUCAAAAUUCCAUCGUGUGAUCAAGGACUUUAUGAUUCAAGGCGGAGAUUUUACAAAUGGCGAUGGCACAGGUGGAAAAUCCAUUUAUGGCGAAAAAUUUCCCGACGAAAAUUUCAAACUCCGACAUACUGGACCCGGUGUCUUAAGUAUGGCCAAUGCUGGAACCGAUACGAAUGGUUCUCAGUUCUUCAUCUGCACCGUUAAAACCUCUUGGCUUGAUAAUCGUCACGUGGUGUUCGGAUACGUCCUGGAAGGAAUGGAAGUUGUUCGCGCCAUCGAAAAUGUCGAAAAGGGUCCUAAUGACCGACCAAAGGUUGAUGUUAUAAUCGAAGAUUGCGGUGAAAUCCCCGUUGAAGAAAACUUUAGGGUGGAAUUGUAA